UCUUCAAAAGUACUGUACAAAAUGCAGGUUAGAUGUGUAACCACUACUUCUCAUGAAGGCCAAAAGCCUGGCACUAGUGGCUUAAGAAAGCGAGUUAAAGUUUUCCAACAAGAAAAUUACACGCAAAAUUUUAUCCAAGCUACUUUGGAUGCUAUGUCUUCUCCGAGUGCUAAUGGUGCUACUCUCGUCGUAGGUGGUGAUGGUCGAUAUUUCUCUCCAGAAGCUAUUCAACUCAUUAUACGCAUUGCAGCAGGAAAUAGAGUUGGUAAAUUGAUUAUUGGGAAAAAUGGUAUCCUCUCAACUCCUGCUGCCUCUAAUCUCAUCCGUAAACGUAAAGCUGACGGCGGAAUUCUAUUAACGGCUUCUCAUAAUCCUGGAGGUCCGGACAAUGAUUUUGGUAUUAAAUUCAAUGUUAGCAAUGGAGGACCUGCUCCAGAAAGUGUCACAAAUUUGAUUUACGAAAAUACUAAGAAAUGUGACAAAUAUUAUAUAUGUGACAUGCCUGAAAUUGACCUAUCUAAAAUAAGAGUAGAGACCAUGGAUGGGUUUAUUAUCGAGAUUGUGGAUUCUGUAGAAGAUUACGUAAAUUUACUUAAAGAAAUUUUCGAUUUCGAACAAAUUAAACAAUUCUUUAAAAAUAACCCUAAUUUUAAAGUUCUUUUUGAUGGUUUACAUGGAGUAACGGGACCUUAUGCUGAGCAUAUUUUUGUUGAUGAACUCGGUCUUUCACGUUCUUCGAUACAAAAUUGCGUUCCAUUACCCGAUUUUGGUGGCAGCCAUCCUGAUCCUAAUCUAACCUACGCACAUAGUUUGGUUGAACGCGUUGAAAGAGAAAAUAUUAAUUUUGGAGCCGCUUCUGAUGGUGACGGCGACCGUAAUAUGAUUUACGGAAAAGAUGCUUUUGUCACACCAUCAGACUCAGUAGCCGUUAUUGCUGCUCACGCUGAAGCAAUUCCAUAUUUCCAAAAAACCGGAGUUAAAGGAUUGGCACGUAGUAUGCCAACAAGCGCAGCUAUUGACUUGGUUGCAAAGAAGAAAGGAUUAGAAGUUUUCGAAGUACCUACCGGUUGGAAGUUUUUUGGUAAUCUUAUGGAUGCAGGCCGUCUAUCAAUAUGUGGUGAGGAAAGUUUUGGUACUGGUUCUGACCACAUUCGUGAAAAAGAUGGUAUAUGGGCCAUUGUAGCAUGGCUUAACAUCAUAGCUGCGGUGAAUGAAAAGAAACCAGGCUCUGGUAUUAAAGAAAUUCUUCUUGAGCAUUAUCAAACCUAUGGACGCAACUUCUUUUCUAGAUAUGACUAUGAAGAAGUUGAGAGUGAAAGCGCAAAUAAAAUGGUUGCGCAUCUUCGUCAUUUAAUCAGUGAAGGUAAAAAUGACUUUAUUGGAAAAACAUUUGAUCAAUUUACGGUUAAAGAAGCAGAUGAUUUCGAGUAUGUUGAUCCAAUUGAUAGAAGUGUUUCUAAAAAUCAGGGUAUUCGCAUAAUCUUUACUGAUGGCUCUCGAAUUGUUAUUCGACUAAGUGGUACAGGAAGUCAAGGUGCAACGAUUAGAUUAUAUGUUGAAAAAUAUACUCAAAAUGCUUCGGAGUAUGGAGCUAACACUCAAGAAGCAUUAAAACCAUUAAUUGAUGUCGCAUUACAAAUUUCAAAAUUGCAAGAAUUUACAGGACACGAUAAACCAACUGUUAUUACUUAAAUUUACUGCUAUAUUGUGUAAUUUUAGUGAAAGAAAAAAUUGUAAAACUAUCGCUAUAUAAGUAAACAUAUUAACCGUUGACUGUUAUCACGCUAU